AUGAUGGAAGUCGAGCAAUUUGAGCCUGGCCACGAUGACCGUGUGACAGUGCUGCACGCAAACUAUGACGGCUCGCGACUUCUGACGGCAUCCAUUGACCACAGGGUCAAAGUGUGGGACAGGGAUCCGAAGACAGGCGACCGAACCUUGAUUGAAACGUUCACUGCUCAUGAUGCGGAUAUUCGAGACGCCAAGUUCGUCAAUCCCACGGUAGGAAGCUACAUAGGGACAGUUGCCGCGGAUCUCAAAUUUCAGCUCUGGGGGGAAGAUGUUUCGCAAGGAUUCAAUACUGGUCGUCGAUUCCGUUUGAUUACCUCGAUUCCCUCGACGCCCCGGGUUCCGUUUGCGUCGCUCGACUUCAAGACAGUCGAUCAUGUAUACACCUAUCUGGCGUUGAUUGAUCGUCAAGGAUUACUUUCCGUCUACGAACCUACCUCACCGGAUGAUCUCAAGGAAUGGGUACUCCUCGAUCAAUUCAACGUCUCCUCUUCCGUACCUGGCCGUGGCGACGAGUCCAGCUUCAAGGUUCGAUGGGACCAAAAUGAAGUGCCUCUGCCAUACAUCAACUCACUAUCUGACGACGACAAGCAAAUGAGCCUGGUGGUUUCCAGCCUGAACGAGGUGAAGAUAUACCACUCGAGGAAUGAGGCAGAUUCUACUGCGACGACAGGCGAAAGCAACGGUGCAUCUCAUCGAUUGACCUUCCAUGAAGCCUUUCGGCUACCCACGCAUCCCGCUCUAGUCCGAGACGUUGCGUGGGCAUCAUACAACAUUCGCGGCACAGAAAGAAUUGCAACGGCAUGCAAAGACGGAUCUGUCAGAAUCGUCGAGCUUGCAGUGAUAGAGUCCCAGGCAUAUGUCCAGAAUGGUGACUCCUCAUCGAGAUCAGGGCAAGGUGGCGGGCGUGGCAGCCGGCGACCGCCCCCACAGUCAUCCUUGACAUCUGCCAUCACUGGACGAUCGAACUCCAGCAUGAACAACAACGCCGCAGAGGCCCGAGCGGCGGAUCUUCCUUUCACCUACAAAAUCCAACAUUCUUCUACGCUGCCAGCCCAUGGCGAUGCGUGGUCAGUGGCUUGGGAUGGUCAAGGCCAAAUAUUGAUGUCUGGAGGAAGCGAUGGAGUGACAAAGCUGUGGCGUAAAAGCAUCCAAAGUGGGCAAUGGAUGCUGUAUGCAGACCAAGCAGUCGAUUUUAGCGAAGGUGGCGACGAGCAGUAG